GUACUCGUACAGGAAGGAAGGUGAUAAAAUCAGAUCUACAAAGAAGUUCGCCAGGUCCUGAUAAAAGUCUCUAACAAUAUCCAAGUAAAGAAGUGAAAAUUGAUCUUCAAAGGAAUAGAUCCUUCCAUAAGCUCUGAAAAGUUAAAAUUUCUGGAAUAUCUUAAACAACACAAGAAAGGGGAACAGAAUGGGAAAACACCGAUUGAAACCAACAAAAAAGUUCUUAAUAAAAGGUCCCUAUGCUCGUGGUGGCACCUAUGUCAAUCGACUAAAAAAUAAGUCCGGGCAGAAAAUACCUACAGCUGGAUUUUAUGCUGAGGCUGGAUUUGGUGGCGUUAGUGCAGAAUCUGAUAUCUUUGAUGUAACAGUAAAAGGUCCCAACGCAUUUGUGGAAGCUGAAGCCAACGAUGAUCGGGUCACUGCUAUGGUCAAAACAGAGGUUGCAAGUGUUUCAGCAUCUGCUGGUCCCAUACAAGCCAAAGCUGGCCUCAAUGCAAAUGCUGCAAUAUCAGCUGAAGCCAGCGAUGAUCGGGUCACUGCUAUGGCCAAAGCAGAGGUUGCAAGUUUUUCAGCAUCUGCUGGUCCCAUACAAGCCAAAGCUGGCCUUGAAGUAAAUGCUGGAAUAUCAGCUGAAGUCAAGCAUGAUCGGGUCAGUGCUAUGGCCAAAGCAGAGGUUGUAAGUUUUUCAGCGUCUGUUGGUCCCAUACAAGCUAAAACUGGCCUCGAAGUAAAUGCUGCAGUAUCAGCUAAAGCCAGCGAUGAUGGGGUCGCUGUUAUAGCCAAAGCAGAGGUUGUAAGUGUUUCCGCAAAUGCUGGUCCCCUAGAAGCUAAACUUGGCAUUGCAGUAGAUACUGGAAUAUCAGCUGGAGCAGAUGGUGUGGAGGUUAAAUUCCUUGGAACCGGAUUAAAAUUAGGUCCCACUACUGAAGUGUCUGUUUUUGGAAAUUCCAUCUCAUUUUCUUUCAGUAAACUCUCAAGGUUUUUUUAGAUCAUCUUGCUAGAGCAGAAUGCUUUAGAGAAUCGUAUCCUUAGGCAGAAAGACAGAGAGUAAGAGAAAGACAAUAGGUUUGAGAGACAUACAGGGAGUAGAUAGAUGAUAGAUAAAUAGAUAGAUAGAUAGAUAGAUAGAUAGAUAGAUAUGAUUAAUAUAGAUAGAUUGAUAGAUUAGUGAUAGAUUGAUUUGAUUACAUUAUAUUUGAUAAACAGACCCAUAGAUAAAUAUUAUUAAUCGAAACAGAUUGGUAAGUAGAUGAUAGAUAGAUAGAUAGAUAGAUAGAUAAAUAGAUAGAUAGAUAGAUAGAUAGAUAGAUCCAUAGACACAUAGACAGACAGAUGAUAUAUACAGUUGCAAGAAAAAGUAUGUGAACCCUUUGGAAUGAUUUCUGCACAAAUU